AUGGGGGAGGCUUAUCUGGGGCUGGGGGAGGCGCAGCUAGCAGACGGGAAACGGGCGGCAGGGGGGCCGAUGAGUCAGCCUGUGCUGACGUGGCAAGUGGUGAAACGGCUGGAGAGGGAGGCUGCCACAUCAGCUGCUGACUCGUGCCGUCUCGCAUUUGAGGCUUUCGAUGAGAUCUGUCGCGUUGGCCCCACCCUUUGCUCUGCUGACUCAGCAGGGGGUGCCCAGUCACCCGCAGACGUCAGCGGCAGAGGAGGCGGGGGUGGAGGCAGAGGGAGGGGAGGGGGAGAGGUCGGGGAGGAUGCUGACGUGGCGGAGAUGGUGCAAGGGGCGGCAGUGAAUGCGGCUAAUGCGCUGGUGGCAUGGGCAGAGGCGGUGGGGGAGGUGGAGGAGGAGGAGCAGGGGGAUGGAGCGUGCGAGGGAAUGGCAGUGGAUGGGGGGGAGCAGCAGCAGGCGCAGCAACAGCAGGGGCGGGCGGGGCAAGGCGGAGUGAAGGCGCCACAGCUGCUGCGCGAGGCAGCAGCGCGGUACGGUGCAGCAGCAGGCGCAGCACCGGGUGACACGGACCUGCUGUCCAACCUGGGGGACUGUGCUGUGAAGACCGCUGAGCUGCUGUGCCCAGAGCGGCCAGUGGGCGAGGGGGCGGAGGCAGCAUGGGCGGGGGCGUGGGGGCAGUACGAGAGGGGCAUGGGGGCGUAUGCAGCGGCGUGCUCGCUGUGUGACGCGCGGGUGGGGGACGACCUGCCAGGGCUGCUGCACAACUGGGGCGUGGGGCUGCUCUCCGCCGCGCAGGUGAGGCUGCGGGCUGCUCACCGCUGCUCAGCAGCACGUGACUUUACUCCCCACCGCUCAACCGCUCUUCUCCCUCUUUCCCUCCGUGCUCUCCCCAUGCUGCCUCUUGCGCUGCAGCGCUGCCCUGAGCCUGAACAGGAGGUUCGGCUUCUGACAGAAGCUGCGGAGAAGCUUCAAAGGGCAGCCGAUUUCCAGCCCACAGACAUCGCCUCUCGUCUGGCUCUGGGGGAGGUGUUAUCUGCACAGGCAGAGGUGCUAUCUGCACAGCGGGCAGGAUCAGCUUUGCCAUCUGCCACCCUACAGCAGGCCCUGCACCUGCUCUCUCUCUCCCUCUCCCGCGGAUUCUCUGCCGCCCUGCGAAUCGACUCCCGCCAUCCAGAGGCCCUCCUGGGGGCGGCAGACGUGCACCUGUCUGCUGCCCGGCUGCUGAUGGGGCGGGCGGCCGGCAGGGAGAGGGGCGGCGGUGGCGGCAGCAGGGAGGGUGGAGGGGAGGGCAAGGGUGCUGGGGAUGAGGUGGCGGCAGCGCUGCCGCAUGAAGCAGUGGACCACUUGCAGCAUGCCAUGUCAGCGUACCGUGCUGCCAUGGUGGCAUUGAAAGUCCCAGGUAUACACAAGCUUGCUGUCCGAAUUAACAGCGCAAGAAUAGCUGUGAUACCUGCUGCUCACCUUUUGACAUGGAUUGCUCGGCUUCUAACGAGGAUUGCUUUUCUGUGA